AUGACUAAUCACUUUCAACUGGCAAUUGAACACUACGAGAAAGCUUUGGAAAUUGCAAAGGAGCAUGAGUAUAGUCAACAGAAAUCAAUGGCAUUAGUUGGGUUAGGACAUGCGCAUAGAGAGGAAAAUCAGUUUGAAACAGCAAUUGAACACUAUGAAAAAGCUUUGGAAAUCGCAAAGGAGUAUCAACACAAACAACAGGAAACACAGGGAUUACUUGGGUUAGGAUAUGUGUAUGGAGAGAACUAUCAGUUUGAAAUGGCUAUUGAACAGUAUGAGAAAGCUUGGGAAAUUGCAAAGGAUCAUGAGUUUAAACAACAGGAAACACAGGCAUUAGUUGGGUUGGGAGAUGCGUAUAGAGGGAGCAAUCAGUUUCAAAAGGCAAUUGAACACUACGAGAAAGCUUUGGAAAUUGGAAGAAAGCGUGGAUUUGAAGAUCAAUACAAAGAAACACAGAUAUUGCUUGGGUUAGGAGAUGCACAUAGCGGGAACGAUCAGUUUCAAACGGCAACUGAACACUAUGAGAAAGCCUUGGAAAUUACGGAGGAGCAUGGAUAUAAACAAGUGGAAAUAGUGGCAUUAAUUAGGUUAGGAGGUGUCUGCAGAGGGAACAAUCAGUUUGAAACAGCAAUUGAACACUAUAAGAAAGCUUUGGAAUUUGCAAAGGAGUAUGAAUAUAAACAUCUGGAAACACUGGCAUUAGUUGAGCUAGGAUGUGCGUAUAGAAGGAACAAUCAGUUUGAAACAGCAAUUGAACACUACGAGAACGCUGUGGAAAUUGCAAGGCCACAUAAAUAUAAACAACGGGAAACAGAAGCAUUAGUUGGAUUAGGACAUACGUAUAGAAUUCAGAAUUUGUUUCAAGAGGCUAUUGAAAACUAUAAGAAAGCUAUAAAAAUUGCAAAGGAGCAUGAGUAUAAACAACAGGAAACGGAGGCAUUUGUUGGUUUAGGAGAUGCGUAUAGAAUGAGCUAUCAGUUUCAAAUGGCAAUUGAACACUAUGAGAAGGCUUUGCAAAUUGCAAGGCCACAUGAGUAUAAACAACGGGAAACAGAGGCAUUAGUUGGAUUAGGAGAUACGUAUAGAGUUAAGAAUCAAUUUCAAAAGGCGAUUGAACAUUACAAGAAAGCUUUGAAAAUUGCAAAAGAGCAUGGAUAUAAUCAACAGGAAAGGCAGGCAUUAGUUUGGUUAGGACAUACUUAUAGAGAGAACAAUCAGUUUCAAACGGCAAUUGAACACUAUGAGGAAGCUUUGGAAAUUGCAAAGAAGCCUGAACCGCAUGAUAAAUACCAAGAAACACAGGUAUUACUUGGGUUAGGAGAUGCGUAUGAUGGGAACAAUCAGCUUCACAAGGCUAUUGAACAUUAUAAGAAUGCAUUGAAAAUUGCAAACGAUCAUGAAUAUUUCCAACAGGAAGCAGAGGCAUUUGUUCAGUUAGGAGAUGCUUAUAGAGAAAACGAUCAGUUUCAAAUGGCAAUUGAACACUAUAAGAAAGCUUUUGAAAUUGCAAUGAAGCAUGAAUAUAAACAACUGGAAACAGAGGCUUUAGUUGGGUUAGGAGAUGCGUAUAGAAUGAACAGUCAGUUUCAAACGGCAAUUAAACACUAUGAAAAAGCUCUGGAAAUUGCAAUGCGACAUGAAUAUAGACAACAGGAAGCAGAGGCAUUAGUUGGGUUAGGAGAUGCAUAUAGAGUGAACAAUCAGGUUGAAACGGCCGUUAAAUACUAUGAGAAAGGUUUGGAAAUCGUAAAGAAGUAUGAAUACAAACAACAGGAAGCAGACGUAUUAGUUCAAUUAGGGGAUGCUUAUCGAGCGAAUAAUAAAUUUCAAGCAGCAGUUGAACACUAUAAUAAAGCUUUGCAAAUUGGAAAGAAGCAUGGAUAUAAGCGACAGGAAAGACGGGCAUUACUUGGGUUAGGGGAGGCUUUUAGAGAGAACAAUCAGUUUCAAACGGUAACUGAACACUUUAAAGAAGACUUAGACGGUGCAAAAUAUACACAAACAGAAAAACAGGCGUCAGAAAUUGCAGAGGGAUCAAGAGAUAGAAAUGAUGAAACGACGGCAGAAAAUACGAUGAAAGACUUGUCAAAGAUUAUCGGUAAGGUAUAGUACCCUUGUCCGUUGCUUUCUCAACGUCUCUCGGGUUCCAUUUUGUUGUGAUAUAUUUAAAUAGGUAACUUUUUGGGUGUUCUUUCUGAUAAAAUACUCUCACAACGCGCAGGCGUUGUUUAGAUCUGGAGAAUUUCCGUGAUGGAAGCAAAAUCUUCAGCUUUCCAUCGACAGUUUAGAUAAAGAUAUUUAAAGUGUGACAAUGAAGUAUUUAAAGUUCAUCAGGAACAUUGCAUUGCCUUUAAUUUUUUCAGAAAAUUAUAAUCAAUGAAUUUCAUAAUGUGGUUGCCUUAAGGUGGAGUUACACGAGCAACAAAAUUGCUGCAACUUGCAACAACAUCGGAUUUCAAAGCGUGUUAAUUAGAAAUGAUUACACAUAAAUUACAAGUCACAAGGCAACAUGUGUCGACGUUUCUACUUAACAUGCUUUGAAAUCAGAUUUUGUUGCAAGCAUAGAUAUCUUAUAUAAACUAUAUAGCGCAUCUCUUUUAGUAAAAUUGAAGCCAAGAAUAUCCCAGCGGUUACCCCCAUUUGAAUAGAUGGCGGCCAUGUUGGAGCUUCCCACUCGCUAAUAAACGCUUAAAAAAUAACAAUAACUUUCAUCAUUUAAAUAGUUUGAAAAUGUAUUUAUAAUAGGAUUAACUUCAUGUUUAAGUUCCCUGUUUAAGAAAUAGGAUACAUACGAAUCUUCUCAUUUCAUGGGAAGAUCCUGAGCCUGCAAUUACGGCUUCAAUUUUUGAAUUGCAGAAUAAUUAGAUGCGCUAUCUAGUGUAUAUAAGAUAUCUAUGGUUGCAAGUUGCAGCAAUUUUGUUGCUCGUGUAACUCCAUCUUUAGCCAUAAUACUGUAUAUCAAAAAAAUAAUUCUGAAAAUCAAAUAGAAGUCAUUAUGUUCAUUUUUCGUCUGAGUUUUUGCCAAGUUGUGCAUGGUCACGGUGAUUGAACUUAUUCAUUGUAGAGGUGGGUCCAAUAUUAGAUAGCUUAAGAUCUACGACGUCGACGUCAGCUAGGACAUCAGGGCUAUGCAGAGGACUGGGACUAGGAUGUCGUCCUGAUGUAGUCCCAGUCCUCUGCUUAGCCCUGACGUCCUAGCUAACGUCGACGUCGUAGAUCUUAAGCUAUCUAAUGUCCAAUAUGGGUAGCUGAGGUGAAACAUGCUACUAUGAUGAAUAAUAUUUAAUGAAGUAGAGACAAAGGAUUUGUGCACGAGGAGAUACAGUUCAACAUCAAACAAAGAUUUUCUUUAUAAGUACCAGUUGUAUUCCGCGUAAUAUGGAUAACUGUAUUUUUAACCUUUACAUGUAGAUACACAUAAUGAAAGCAAUCAAAAUCUUCAAACAUCUAAUACGUCAGAUGUUGCUCAAGUGCUGGACAUUCAUUGUGAGAAUGUUAAUAAUAGUGAUCACAAACACAUCGAAAACGAAAUUGUGAGUGACGAAACAGGAAAUUCGGCCGACCAAUUGUCGGUCAUGGGAUGUUCUCACGAAAAUAAAG